AUGAUAAAUGAGGAAAGAGGAACAAGUUCUAUAAGUGUUCCUCCAAAAUUACCGGUAAUUUUAAAACAAUUUUGCAAAGCAGCUAUUAGAACACAGCCGUAUGAUCUCUUGAAAUGGUCAACGGCUUAUUUUAGUGCGUUAGCUGAAGGAUCUGAACCACCAAGCAAAACUCGACUUGAAUAUCCUCUUGAGACUGCUAGUGGAUCUUGCCUGACAUUUGGUUUGCUAAAGGUGCUUGUACGACAACUUGGUGAUUACAAUAAAACGGUACCAGUUGAAGUAAUUUUGAAACGAUGGACCGACUUGUGUUUAGACAUUACAGAUUUAAAUUUGAUAAUGAUUGUUGGUAAAUUUCGUCGAAAAUGUCAAGUAAAAAAAUUUUUGGCAAUUGCUGCUGGUCUAUUAGGUUCCAGUCUUUUUGACACAAUGCUAAUUAUUUGUGAGUUAUUUACAAUGGAACCCGAUGGUGGAUCAUCAAUGAUUCCAGUAAAUUUAUUUAUGGAGAUCUACGAAUAUUUAGCUGGAUUAAAUUGCGGGGGUGAAGAAAGAGAACCCAAUCAAAACCUGUCUGAAUUUAUAAUUUUUGAAUUAUCAGAAUGUCAAAGUACUUCUGAAUUAAAAUCUGAUGAAGUAAAUUCUACCCAAGAUUCAACAAAACAUCCAUCAGUUGAAGAUUCAGAAGCUACUGAAGAACAAACAAUUGACAAACAAUUUUCUAAUAAUUAUAAUCAACUUUCACGCGACCGUGAAGAAAUGAUUGAUGGGCUUGAGAAAGAUAAUAAAACACAGAGUGAAGAGAAAAAAAUAUUGAGCGCUAAUGUAGAUAAUUCAGCAACAUCGAAUGCUGAUGGACAUCAAAAUGUUAAGUCUGCUAAGAUGACCAAAGACUCUGACAAUAGAUCAUUAGCUAGCGAUGAUAGCAUAGGCUUAGAAAGAAAUAAAUCAGCUAGAAUUAAAAACAAGUGUAAAAUAAACUCCAAUUGGAUUUCACACUAUCCAAUGAUUCCAGGAAUUGGUCCAAAGUUAUCAUCCAGUGAAGUAACCAGAGUCGGUAAAUGGAUGGCUGAAUGCUCAACAGUCCAAGGAGGAAUGGUUGGACCAAGAAAUUUGCGCCACUUUCAGUGUCCUCCAUUAGAUCAUCAAAAAAUAUAA